AUGAUGGCAGGAAAAGUUCAGUUUGGUUAUGUGUAUGGCAUGAGUGCCAUUGGCUGCCUAGGGAUUCACACCUUAUUAAACUUGAUGAGCUCUUCAAGGGUGUCCUAUGGCUGCGUGGCGAGAGUGCUGGGUUACUGCCUGCUCCCCAUGGUCGUCCUGUCCAGCUGUGCCAUCUUCUUUUCUCUGCAGGACACCUUUGGAACUGUGCUGGCCCCGGUCAUCAUUGGCUGGUGUAGUCUGUCAGCUUCCAAAAUCUUCAUUUCAGCCUUGGACAUGGAAGGACAGCAGUUUCUUGUUGCCUACCCUUGUGCCUUACUUUAUGGACUUCUUGCUCUCCUCACAGUUUUCUAAAGAGUAUUCGAGAUACUGUUUACAAAAUUCCGUUUGUUUGCUAUUCAGAUUAUGCUGGAAAUGUGUUAGCAUUUGAACAUGGUAAUAUGAUUUCUGUUUUAUUGCUGUUGAGAGAAUAACAAGCAGAGAGACAAAACCAUUUCAGGAUGUUUCUGUAAUAACUUGUUUGGUUUGAAUGAUGUUUUGCUUUUCGGUUUGGUUCAAUAAAACAUUUUAAAACACUUAAAAAUAAAAAGGGAUUUAGUUGUACCAAUGGA